AUGAGGAGGGGAAAGAGGUCGGGAACGCUCUAUUCAUCCCCACGGUCGGCGGCUGGGGAUACGGCUUCUGUCAAAGCUUUUCCCACGUUUACUCCAGUCACUGCCUUUGCAAGAACGAGUUGCAAGGCAACAUCAUCAUCGACGCUUGAGUUUCUGCAUAGCGAUCCUCGCCACGUUCGUGUUUGUGUGAACGACCUUGUGGCAUUUGAGUAUAUAGACGAAAAUCACCAAUGGCAGUGGGGGCUUGCAACUGUUGCCGCCUCUCCUGCCCCUCGUCAUGUGCAGCUGCUGUUAUGGCGCCAUGAUGCCGCGUCUCUGCCCGAUCCACAAUCAGCAGGGAGUGGUCUUGUAUCCACGGAGGAGAGGGAGAGGGUGAUGGCUCGGCUCGAGCAACUGCCUCAACGGCGUGCACGUGUGAAUGAGAAGAUGGAGGCCAUUCAUAAGGCCAUUGCGACAAAGCAGGCGGCGUAUGUGGUCUCACGGCGGCGGAUAGAGAAUGCGGCGAGUGCCGCGGAGCGAGCGCUCGUAGAGGCAUGUACCCGCAUCCAUGAGGUUGAGGCCAGAGAUUGGCGCGAGACACGGUGCUACCGCAACCCACCAGAAAUCGUUGUUCUCGUCAUGGAGGCGGUGUUGACGGUUAUCGGGGAAAAGUGUGUGUCAUGGGCGCAGAUUCAGAGUGUCAUCCGCAGCCCGGAAUUUGUGCGCACUGUGGAAUUGUUUGAUCCUGCCAAGAUGAGUGCCGCAACAAAGGAGAAAAUCCAGAGUAAGUACUUGUCAAACCCCCGGUUUACGUACGGGGACGCCAUGAACGGCAGUCAGGCUCUGGGGUACCUGCAGCAGUGGGUGGUGGCACAGAUGGAUGCCGCAAACGCCACCGAAGAACUCGCGGAGUACGAUAUGCAGCACUUGAACGAUCGAUUUGCCAUUGCCCGCAUGGAAGAGCAGAUCGAUGCGUUCCGACAGACGCUGAGAGAAUACGCCGACGAGGAGGAGAGACUACAUGCCGUGCUGGAGGGCCGAUCCAUGCAGGUGAACAAGGAGGAGGAUGGUGACAACGACGCCCAGAAAAGCUUCGGAGCGGAAGACAGGGGCACUCUUCGUGGCACAAACGUUGUCUGGACGCUCACGGAGGACACCAUAGUGACAUUGCGCUCCGCCAUUCUUUGCAACUACGACAGGCCGGAUAGCACGAUUGUUCGUUUGACGGCCGGGCAGGUGCAAGAGCUGGAGGACGCGCUGAAGAAACGCGAGUCCGGCUGGAAGGAUGAGCAGCGCGCAGAUGCCGCACGCCGCGCGUUGCAGAACGCUUUGGAGGAACUUCGGGGGGAGCAUGGCCGCAAGCUCAAACGACUCCAGGAGCUGGAGAGCAGCAGCCAUGCGACGCAGCAGGAGCUCGGGGAGCGUCGGCGGGAGCUGGAGAAGCUCAACCAGGUAAUCACCGAGGGCGGACUGUCGUUGCACACGCCGUGGCCAUCGUCCACAAGCACCCCGUCGCACGCGACGCCGCGGAGACUUCGGCCCAAUGCGUUGCAACUUCCCGUUUUCGGUCCCGCUGCCGAUUCUGCCGUUCUCUCUCGUGACGGUGUGGAGGAGGAAUUUGCAGAGAAGAUUGCGGACCUUGAAAAUCGUCUCAAGCGGGCGUUACACGAGAACCCAACGGCGGCGCAGGUGCAGCUGCUGGAGGAUGACCUCUGGGCGGUGCAGGAGGAGUUACGCCACACGAAGGAGGAGCUGGACAACUUUCGCACCGCGAACGCGCCAAAUUACUACACGUCCUCGGCGCUGCGGAUGGAAAAGGAGAGCACGCCGGAGGCACAGCUGGCCGCAGCGCAGCGUCAAAUUGAGGAACUGGAGGCGGCACUGGAGGAAGCGCUUGAACAUGGCAGGCAACCACAGGGGCAACCCCUAAAAGCACAAGAGAAAAGUAACGGGAGGGGCGGGGAUGGCGAGAUGCAGGGACGCAUUCAACGUCUAAACGAGGAACUGCAGCGGCAACGCCGGGACACGGAGGGCAUCGCCGAGCGGCUGAACGAGGAGUUGCAUGCGCACAAGGAGACACGACAGAAGUUGGCGGAUAAGGAGUGUGAACUGAAGGUGCUGUGGGAUCGUCAAUGCGAGGCGGACCGCGAGAAGGAGUCCACACGGGCCGCACUGCAAGAAACUGAACGCGAAUUGGAGAAACUUCGCGGUCACUUGCGUGAACAGAAGGAGGAGCUCCAUGCGGCGCGCCCGAAGGAAUAUCGCUGGGAAUCGGAGGCCAAAGCGCCACGAGGACGUCGCUCGUUACAGCUGCAUGAAAUUUCGGGGCGGCUGAUGGACGAGGCGGGGCGACAGUCGCUUGAGGCGAAAUCGACGGAGAUGGUUCUCGAUGAGGUUCGUGUGCUGCUCGGGAAGGGAUUGACGGCUUAUUAG